AAUCACCGAGUAGCAAAGCAAGCCAAACUUGAGCAUCUAACAUCUUUUUUGAAAAGCUUCAAAAUUCAAUUUUCCAGACAAAAGAAAUGUCUUUGCUCAGAGGUAUCUUGAGUGCAAAGAAGAUUAUUAACUUUUCUGUAGCGGCUACAAGCAAAAGAACAGUUUCAACACCAAAGGGGUUUCUUGCAGUGUACGUUGGUGAAGAUAAGGUCCAGAAGAAGAGAUAUUUGGUGCCAAUCUCAUAUUUAAACCAGCCUUCUUUUCAAGCUCUACUCGGUAAAUCCGAGGAAGAGUUUGGAUAUGAUCAUCCAAUGGGUGGCUUAACAAUCCCUUGUCCUGAAGAUACCUUCAUCAAUGUGACUUCCCGGCUUGAGCAAUGA